AGAGUUGUAUACGACAACUCCCCAUACCUACAGCUCGGGGCUAUAUUUGAGGAUGAAGGAACUAUCGACGGCCUGUACAAACUACACGAAGAGCUCUUCAAACGCAGGCUUGGACUAGACCAAUAGUCUAACAUCGCUGAACGCCUCACCCUUGUUUAUGGCGACAUGAAAACAACCUUCUUUAUUCGCCGCAUUAAGCUCUCGCAGUUAGAGGCUAGCGGGAAGUGGGAGCAGAAGAAGUGGCUUGUCCCUGUGCCUGCUUUCUUUCAUAUUGAACUUAAUUAUAUUGAGUUUCUUUUCCGGGUUUUCUGGGACUCUGGUGACGAUAAAAAUAACGUCACAAACGCUAUUGUUUCUUCUGAUAUGCAAUUCUUCCACCGGGGCAAGAAUAUUACGAAAAACAAUAUCAAAUAUCACCAGGUUAUGCCUCUAUUAAUGCACGGCUAUAGUCCUCAAUGUCGAAAAUGUCCUCGAGAAAUAGAAGGGCCUAGACCCCGAUAUUCUUGACGAUGCCGUCAACUCUGUUUGGGAGAAACUAUUCACAUAUAAUGCCUGGAUUAGGCGUUAUUCAGCCCUUAUAGAGGGCAACUUCGUUGAC